AUGCUCCUAUUCUUUUCUCCCCAGACCAACGCCAGCCAGAAUUCCGGCGGCGCUGGGGACGACAGCAGUAGCAGCAGUGGCGGUGGCGGCGGUGGGAAGAGCGAGGACGACGCAACAUCGCUGGCGGCGGACGCAGGCGGGAUGGACUGGCGGACGUUCCGCGCGAAGCUGGUGGCGGGCCACGAGGCCACGCGGAGCGUCUCCGCGCCCUCCCCCGCACAGGAGGCGGUGGGGCUCGAGAUCUGGCAGGUGGGGCUGAAACCCCAAGCAAAAAUCCGAGGACCGCACGAGCCUCGAGAAGUGGGCACAGCUGGCCUCGCAGAACCCGCGUCUAGCAAAGGAGGUGCCCCUUUCCCUCCUGUCCCCUCUCCUGUCCCCUCCCUACACCUUCUUAUCCCCCUCCUCCCCCUUCACCACCAACGUCAUCAGGACCGCAUGAGUCUGGAGAACUGGGCGCUGCUGGCCUCACAGAACCCGCGCCUGGCCAAGGAGGUCCCCUGGGUGCACUCCACAGGGGGCGCGGAGGCAGGGGGCGUGCUGCUCGCCGCGCCCUUCCCCCAGCUCCCCGGACAGGGGGGAGGGGAGGGGGGAGAUGGAGGGCGGGGAGGGGGAGCGGGCGGGUUGGACAGGCGGUUGUGGCAGGCGGCUGUGUUCCUGGUGGAGCACGGGGGGGCGGGCAGGGAGUCGUGGGGGCUGUUGCUGAACCGACCAUCGGGCUACACGAUUCAAAUGGUGGGCAGGGAGUCAUGGGGGCUGCUGCUGAACCGACCAUCGGGUUACACGAUUCAAAUGGCGCUGGCGAAGGUGAAUCGCGUGGAGGAUGCAUCGCUGGCGGUGUUUGCGCGCAACGCCAUCUACAUUGGCGGGUUCAAGUCUGACGGCAGCACUCUCUACUUCCUGCACGGCCACGACCUGCCCGGGGCCAAGGAGCUCAUGCCUGGCGUCUACAUGGGAGGGCUAGAGGCAGCAGCGGAGCAGGUGCUUCUGGGCAACAUGCCACCGACUGAUUUCAGAUUCUUCGUCGGACAACUGGAGUGGCCUGCAGGCAAGCUCCAGGAGGAGGUGGAUGCAGGUCUCUGGUACACUGCAGCAUGCGCCAGAAGCCUUGUGCUCAAACAGUGCUUGCAGCUCCCCAAACCCCUCUGGUAA